AUGGUGCUUAUUUCGUUCGUGCUCCACAGGCAGCGAACGACACGUCAUGAGAAGAAACUGCAGCUGGAUGAACGCCAGCGCUGCAGUCGGCGCGUAUCGACCGCUGUCGUGGCCGGGCGCCGCUGCCUGCCGGCGCUGUGCGGCGCUGACGCGAAGAUCGCUUUUCUUUCCGGUACUCAGGAGCACGACGUGGUGUGUGUUGGGUGGAUGGGAGCUUCAUGGACGCUCUGGCGGGCGGAAUACCUGUCCGAUAACCGACUUCACUUUGGAUUUGUGCCUGUUGGCUUCCCUUGCCGUUCCCGGCAGCGAUGCGUCGGGAAGAGUCUGCGCCAGUGCGGUGCUUUGCGAACGCGACAGCGGCUGCUGCAGCCGCCACCGCCGCUCGACUACACCAGCGUUGCUGCGCUGGUUCACUCUGUAAAGCAGCGGACUGUUCCCGGUAGACUGGAAACUGUUCUACAACCGGACGCUCGAACCCUUUACCUUGGCCUGAGAACGCUCGAGAUCCCACGGGUGUGGUUGACACUGUCGUGGCACCCGCAGCUCGCGCGUCUAACUGCGGUUCCGGAGCGCAAGGGCUCCGGCAACCAGAACGACGCACUACGGUAUGGUGUGCCCAAGGCGUUCCAAGCCGAGAGCAUGCCGUAUUCGGUGUCGAACGUGCUGCGCUCAAGAGAGUUCCGAGACUUGAUUCUCUGCGAUUGUCGCGCCCCACUUGCUUUUGAGCGCCUCGUGGAGUUCGACUUGGCACGACGACCUGGAGAAGAGCCCAUUUUGCGCAUAAUUCUGGAACUUGUUGGAACUAGAAGCAACCUCGUUGUACUUGGUGGCAUGGAUCGACUGGGCGGUCGCGAUUCUGGCGAUAUCCUCGCGUGCGGUUACCAGCUGGCUGAGGGCAAGAGUGAUCGGCCGUUUCGAGUCGGCGAUCGUUACGUGUAUCCUGCAACAGUACAGGCGAGUUCAUCACGUAUGCCAUCGGUUUAUCGGGACGAGGAGCCGUGGCGCGAGCGACUUGUGGCGACUGCGAGCGGGGAUCUCAUCUGGCGGGGCCUCACGCGAGCCUUCGUCGGACUCAGUAGUGCACUGGCGCAGGAUAUGGUUUCCAGUGCGCUCGGGUCGGAUGCACUCGAGCGUUGCACUGAAGAGCUUGAGGCGUCUGAGUGGCACGCGCUGUUUUCAAACUGGCUUGCGUGGUUAAGUGCGUUGGAGCGUCACGACUUUGCUCCUCAUCGAAAAGUUGGCGGCGCUCUUGCAGAAAAAGCAUCGGGCCGCACCUCUUACUCUAUGGUGCGUUGGCCAAAUGAGGCUCCGUUUGUUCCCACUGAUGCGUCUGAUCUCAUCGCAGACCUGUUCGAUCGCUAUGAGGUUUGCGUCUACGCGGAAUCUAUGGGGAAACGACUGCGCCGAGAACUCGCCCCAAAGCUGAAGCGGGUGCGCAAUGCUCUCGCCCAGUAUACGAAUCGACUCGCUGAAGCGGAGCACGCUGACCAGUUGCGGGCACGUGGAGACUUGCUCAUGGCGUGGCAGCAUCUGUGGCAACCUGGCGAGACCUCCCUGAGACCUCCGUCCGAGGCCGCAUCGGCGUUCGAGUCAUGGAAGGGAGACGGCCUGAACGCGGUGUUGGAGAUCGCUCCGGGGCGGACGCCCGUGGAAGAGGCUCAAGCGUGUUACCAGCGCAGUCGCAAACUGCGUCGGGCGGUGCAGGCGCUCGCUCCACUGGAACAGGCCGCGCGCAGAGAGCUUGAACACCUGGAACAUUUAGAGUACAUGAUUUCCGUAGCGCUUGACUACGGGCAGGAUCCAGACUUGGAGCUGCUUCAAGAAGUUUUCAAUGAAUUACACCUUGCGCAGGCACCAAAAUCCGGCAAGUCUGUACCGUCCAAGCGUGGCUCGCCGACCCGUCGUGACGCAAAGGCUAAGGGCGCAUCGAACGCCCGUCUGCUAGACCGUUGCAUCCAGUUGCAAGCUGCAACCGAAGGUUCGAGAAUCCUGUGUGGCAAGAGCCAGCACCAGAAUGAUUACUUGACAUUUCGGGUUGCAACGGAGAGUGAUCUGUGGUUCCAUGCGCAGGGAUGUGCGGGAUCGCAUUGUAUUCUGCGAAUGCCGCCCGGAUUUGUAGCCUCCACGGACGAUGUGCAGCUCGCCAGCGACGUCGCUGCCUACUUUAGCAAGGCACGACUCCAAAAAUCCGUGCCGGUCGUUUACACUCAGAUCAAGUACGUGCGCAGAGCCGAUGCCCCGGGUACUGUGAAAUAUGCAAAUGAACGAGUCAUUUUCGGUGAGCCGGAUCGAGCUCGGGCGUUCGUGGAGGAACGCAGCGCCAUUGAGUUGAGCUCUGCGAGCUCUUCAGCGUCCAGCGCUGUUGAGUCCGGAGACGAAACGUGA